ACCUUUCUCCCUCACACCCACCUCUACCGCUGUCGCUCACGAGCUCUCCGCUCAACAGAAACGGCGGUGGUUACUGGAAGCCAGCUUGGCCGGUUCGGUUGCCACCAACGCGCCCCGCAAAAUCUCGUCGCCGACCGCCAUGGCAGCCGCCGACGCGUCGCGUACGCUGCUUGCUGCAGUAUCUCUCGCCUUAGCUGCCUGCUGCCUCGCGCAGCUGGCGGCGGGGGAUACGAACGGCGUCUACGAGCCGUGCAGCGACGGACGGAUCCAGCGCGGGGACGGCUUCACCUUCGGGGUCGUCUUCGCGGGAUACAACGCCUUCUUUUCCGGCAACACACAGCUCUCCCCCUGCGACCGCCGCCUCAACCUCGCUGCCUCCGGGCAGCUCGCCGUCUUCCGCCCCAAGGUCGAUGAGAUCUCUCUCCUCACCAUCAACACCACCACUGGAUUCAACCCAGCUUCAGCUGGUGGAUUUAUGGUAGCAUUUGCUGGUAGGAAGUAUGCAGCUAGAUCAAUCCCGAUAUUCGUAUCCAACACCUCAGUUACAGUGUCCAGCUUCACCCUGGUGCUCGAGUUCAACAAAGGCAGACUUGAAAACCUGCACUGGAAGAAGGACGGCUGCGGUGCCUGCUCCGGCAAAUCAAACUUCGUCUGCCUUGGCAAACAGACAUGCGCCAUCCGGACGCAGAGCUGCAAGAGCCAAGGGCCUGUCGACUGCAGCGUCGGCAUCCAGCUGGCUUUCUCCGGCACGGACAAGCACGAGUCGGUUCUGAACUCGUGGUACGAGGUGUCCAACCUGAGGCAGUACUCCCUCUACGGGCUCUACUCAAACCUCAAGGGCACCCUGAGCGGCCAGUUCAACAAGAUCUUCUAGGCUGUUUUGGCGCUGCCAUUGUUUAUUCUCCCCCCUGCUCCCUCCUCUUCUUUCUGUCCGUUGCUCCGGUUCCUCAUGCUGUGCUUGCUUCACAUUCUUUUAGUUGCCGCCCGCCCAGGUUGCUUGUAUCCAGACCUGUUUUAACGCUGUCUGAACUCUACCGUUGCCCGUUGGUGUCAUUUUAGCGCCCUUUUUUUGGUCA